UCCGACAUUUAUUAUUCCUUAUUGUUUUUAAAUGAGCCAUUAUAGCUCUUAACCUUCCUACAGGAUGGAUCCAGAAUGAUUAUUGUAUAUCCUAAUCAUAGUAUUAUCAGCCUGAUUUUAUAUAUAUGGUGUAUAUAUAUGGAUGAUGUAUGCAUAUAAAAUAACUUCCUGAUGAUCGAUUUUUUAUGGAUGGUGUUUUAAUUUCUUACAAUUCCUUGCAAGAAGCAUAAAAAUGGCUGUAAGGGCUGUCCCUGUUUCAGAAAUGCAUCUUCUUGAUAAUGUGCCAGAAAAUGACGCAGCUAAGUUCUGCCUCCCCACUUCUGCCCAAGGCGGCGGAGAAAAUGGAGUUGGAGAUGGAAGAAGAGGCGUGAAGAUGUGGAAGGAGAAGGAGAAGAGGUUUGUGGUGAUGGGUCACAGAGGAAAUGGGAUGAAUAUGCUGGAGUUGUCCGAUCGGAGAAUGAAGGCUAUCAGAGAGAAUACAAUCCGUUCUUUCCUCAACGCCGGAAAACUUGGUCUCGAUUUCGUUGAAUUCGACGUCCAGGU